UCCUCAGCUUUCUCAGAUGAAGAGGAGAGGUUCAUCUUAAACAAUACGCGACCUCUGACCCCACUGGUCCUCAACCCUGUCCAUCGCCCCUCCUGUUGGGACAUCUACACCCCCGCCUACGAGCCGCCCGUCAACAGGGAGAUGGAGCCGAUCCCCCGACUCCCGACUCCGGAGGAGAGGAUGAGGCAGCAGGCGGAGGCGGUCCCGGCUGAUAUCGUCCCGAUCAAUAUCACAGGAGCGAGUUUCGACCGUCAGGCCAGCUUUCGGAAAGUGGUUUCCAACACCGACUCGUUAUCCCGGCAACCCCGCAACCUGAGCCGCCGCAAGACAGUUACUGGGAUUCCUGAUGAUGUGACCCGGAAACUCGACUCUCCUUUGGCAUCUCCGGUUCUUCCCGGUCAGUUCUCCACCGUGGGUCGAACUGCCUCAUCCUCCUGCAAAUCUGCCCACCAGCAGAAGGAUAAAGAGGAGGAGGUGCAGAGGGGAGAAGUCAGAGAGGAGGGGAGGGCAACUACAAGGAGGAUACGAGCCCCAAGAGGAAGGGGGAUGUCUAGCCUCAUGGCCUCCCUUACCUCUUCUCAGCCGGUCGACUCCUGUCAGGACCUGUCCUCUGAGGUCCACAGCCUCCCCCGUCUGGCAACCAACUCCUCCCUGAACUCUGAGGCCAGCUGUAGCAGCACCUCCUACAGGACACUAAGUGCCUCCUCCUCUUGUUGCCAGGCACAGGAUCUUCAGGGUUUCCCAAGCGACCUCCAGCCCCUGCUGCCCUUUGACCCCACUGCCAGAGUCAUCCCCCAGUCUCCCUCUGCCUCUUAUCCUUCCUCCCCCGUCACCUCCUCCUCCCCCAGCUCCCCCGGCCGUGCCCUGCUAUCAGAGUGGUCUUACCCCAGUGAUAAGCCCCUGAAUGAGGCUGGCCAACACCGCAGCUCUCCGUCCUCCUCCCACUACCUCUCCUCUUCUUCCAUCGCAGACUCCGAGUCUCAGUUUAGCUACCAGGCUCUGGAUGACCAGACCCCCACUCAAGAGGACACCGGAUGCUCCUAUGAUGGGAGCUCCUACAGUGAGGAGAUGUGGAACUACCAGGCCCUCUCCUCCAGCUCCAGUGUCCACAGUUGCCAAACCGGGGGUGACUUGAAUGGGGAAGGUUGGAAUUGCGAUCCCUUGAUUUCCUCUGGUCGCUCCACCCCGUCUCAAACUGACAGGAACUCUUUGUGCUCAGAGAAAACCACCUCCUCUCUGUCGGUAAAUCGCGAGAAAAGGAAGUAUAGCAACUCCUCUUCCUACUCUCACACCAUCACCCGCAGCAUCUCCCUCCGCAAGUCCAAGCGCCCGCCUCCUCCACCGCUGCGCUCAGACUCUCUGAGGCGGCGCCCGGGUCGCAGCAAACCUCUACGCUCCUCCUGCAGUCCCCGUCCAGAGCGGAGCCCCCACCUGGAGCACACCACCCAGCAGACGCCCACACCGUCUCCACAGACAUUCGAUGACCCCUGGGUGCCCCGCAGCAACACCAAAAGACGCCAGAGUGGGUUCAACUGUGGGACAGUUACAACCUUUGAACCUUUGAGCUUGGACUCCCAGGCGGCAACCUCCACCGAUGAUCCUCCACCUGAACAGCCACCACCAAGUCCCAGCCACCCACAUGCCCAUGUCUUUGCUCCUGAGUCUCCAGGCUCAGAGGAGGAGGCGCUGAGGUUUACUCUUCACCCCCAACCAGCUGCCUCCUCUGUGGCGGGUCUUCAGCGCCUCGCUUCGCCCUCCAGCGGCUACUCCAGCCAAUCCAACACCCCCACACCUGGCACUCCUGUGUCUUCCCCCCUCUCCCCUUCCUCCCCUCUCAUAGCAAGCCCCGGAGCCCUCUCACUCCCCCCACCUUCCCCCUUCUCAUCUUUACACUCCCCUUCCUCUCCUGCCGUCUCCUCCAUGCCCAGGACAACAUCCCGGGUCGAAGGGAGGCCAAAGCCAGCAGUGCCAGAGAGGAAGUCAUCACUCUUCUCCUCCCUCUCCUCCUCAUAUUCCUCCACUUCUUCCCUCUCCUCUUGCACCUCCUCAGACUCCUCGGCCAAGCACCCUCUUCUCCCUGCUCUGCCAUCUCCUCCUCCUCUACCAGAGUGCUCCUCUCCUUUGCCUCCUGUCUUCCACUCCCCCAUUCGGGAGUCCCCUCGUCCAGCUCCUCCCCUUCCUCCACCCUGCCUACCUGCUCCGUCCUUCACCAAACUCUCUGCUGCUGCUCUUCCUAGUCCACCACCUUCAUCUCUCCCUCCUCC